UACAAGGUAACCUGACGAAAGCUCAAAGUGCUUUGGUAUUAAACCAGAUAGUGUUUUUUUAAAUCAAGACUGAAGUGCAACUAAAAACAAAAGGAAACAGCAGGGAAAUCUCGCUGAGAUACUAACAUGGGGUGCUGGGCCAAGUUGAAGUCAUCUGGAUGGGUUUACCCCACAGCCAUCCUGUCACUCUAUGGAUUUUUUGCAAACUGUAGGGUUGCAGAACCUUUCCUGACACCAUACCUUAUUGGACCAUGCAAGAACAUUUCUGAAGAAGUGCUGACCAACUACCUGUUUCCUAUCUGGACGUAUUCCUACCUGGCCUUUCUUUUCCCCGUCUUCCUCCUGACUGACUUCCUGAGGUACAAACCCCUUAUUAUAGUACAGGGGUUCUUUCUCAUCACCAACUAUAUUCUACUGUGCUUUGUCCCAGGUCUUCCUGCUAUGACUUUCCUUCAGGUCAACUAUGCUGUAGUGACUUCCACGGAGGUUGCCUACUUUUCCUAUAUUUACAGUGUAAUUCCAGUAGAGAAUUACCAAAGAGCUACUGGUUACCUGCGCAGUGCAAUGUUGGCUGGAUAUACAUUUGGCGCCACCCUUGGCCAAAUGCUUGUCUCCCUUGCUGGCCUGGACUACUUCUAUAUCAAUACUAUUACCCUGGGAAUUGUGAGCGUGGCAUUUCUCGUCUCAUUCUGGUUGCCCAUGCCCCAGACAAGCAUGUUCUUCAAAGGGAAGAAGGCUGCAGCAGUAGACUGCCAGCAAGAGGGGCCACAGGGAGAGAAGGAGUCAGUGACGGAUAAGGAUGGAGAAGGCUCGGGGAAAGGGAAGAUGGAAUAUAAUGGCAGUGCUGGCUACUGCAGCAGAGAAAACGUGGCCGCUGCAGUUCAUCUGCUUUGGCAAAGCUUCAGGGAGUCCUACUCUUCUAGGCAUUUCUUUUCUUUCAAUAUUUUUUUUAAAUCACUAAGAUGCUUUGAGUGCCCACUUGCAUUUAAACAUUUAAUCUACUGGUCCCUGUGGUGGGCUCUGGCCACAGCUGGUUACGUGCAGGUCUUCAACUACAUCCAGCUUAUGUGGGACCAUAUAGAGCCAUCUGCCACAUCAUCCAUCUACAACGGAGGAGUGGAGGCUGCAUGCUCUCUUGUAGGUGCUGCAGCAGCCUUCUCUGUGGGCUACAUCAAGGUGACCUGGGUUGUGUGGGGAGAGCUGGCUUUGGGGAUGUUCUCAGCUGUAGGGUCAGGUGCUGUGUUUCUGAUGGCAUUCACGAGCAGCAUCUGGGUAUGCUACAUCGGUUAUGCCAUAUUUAAAUCCUGUUACAUGCUCCUCAUCACCAUCACAACGUUUCAGAUCGCCUCUAACCUCUCCAUGGAGUGCUAUGCUCUGACUUUUGGGAUCAACACUUUUGUAGCCCUCUCACUGCAGACCAUCAUUACAGUCACAGUUGUUGAUGAAGCUGCACUGGGGCUGGACAUCGUGACGCAGUUUAUCAUCUACGGCAGCUACUAUGCUGUCAUAUCGCUGCUCUUUUUGAUCCGAGGAACCUACACCGCCUGUGUGAACAAACCCUGUCUCCGGCACACGGAAGCCAAGGAACCUGAGUGUGUGGAGGAGGUGAUUGCUGCAGAGCGUCUCUGACCUGUGUCAGUGCCCGACAGGUUUUUGGAAGAUUGGAACUAAUUUACCUUAAACAGCUGCAAAUUAACUAACGAGAGCUUGUAAAUAUGCUUUUCUUAAACACUACAAACUGUAACAUUAAACGUUUAUACACUGAAAAGCAAACAUUUAUGUGUUGUGUAUUUUUGCUAUCUGCAACCCAGACAGGAA